AUGGCUGAAAAGCCGUACACAGGCACCGCCGACGACUACAGUCGAUAUGGCGGCGUCUCCACGCAGGUCGCUCAUUUCGGAGUGGAUGAGCACCAAGCGUCAAAGCCUGCUUCAUUCGGCGUUCAAGAUAAUUUUUCGUCUGAGGCCUCCAAGCCGUGGUGGAACCCUCACGGUUGGUCGCUGCGCACGAAGCUCAUUGCGGGCGCAGUGAUUGUCGUAGCUCUUAUCGCUGCUAUCGUAGGGGCUGUGGAGGGAACGAGGGCCAAUCGGUAUCCCGACUAUUCAAGGCUUGACUAUAGAUUGUUGGAUACGUAUUCAGGGCCGACGUUUCUGGACAAGUUCAAUUAUUUUUCGGAUAAGGAUCCUACGAAUGGAUUCGUGCAAUAUGUGGAUAGGAUCACAGCUGGAAAGCUGAAUUUGACCUAUGCUACGGAAUCCUCUGUCGUUCUAAGUGUAGACACAUCUAAAGAGUCUCCCAGCAAUGGCAGACGGUCUGUUCGACUGGAGUCGAAGAAGUCUUACGACACUGGUCUUUUCAUCUUUGAUAUCGUCCAUACGCCUUAUGGCUGCGGGACAUGGCCCGCCCUGUGGCUCAGUGAUACGUACAAUUGGCCAUUGAACGGCGAGAUUGACGUUGUGGAGGCGAACAACGGAGGCACUGAAGGGAAUGGGGUCACUCUGCAUACGACACCCGGUUGUGACAUGCAGGCCAAACGGAAGCAGACAGGGCAUGCGCUGUACCACCAGUGUGACAAUAGCACGCAUGGCAAUGCGGGCUGUGGCGUCCAAGCUCCACCUGCCUCUUAUGGGCCCGAGUUCAAUGACAACGGGGGAGGUGUUUAUGCUCUGGAGCUCCGCACUGCUGGCAUCCGAGCUUGGUUUUUCCCUCGAGGUUCGAUCCCGAACGACGUUUCAGAUAACAUCCCGGAUCCAUCAACCUGGGGAACUGCCUUGGCCGACUUUCCUAACACCAACUGCGAUAUUGGGUCCCAUUUCAGCAACCAGAGUAUCAUCGCCAAUAUUGAUCUCUGUGGCCAGCUGGGCGCGCAGCCUCAGUUCUACACUCAGUUAUACAACUGUCCGGGCACGUGUAGCAGUUUUGUUGCGCGCAGUCCUGCCAAUCUUACCGAGGCUUACUGGGAGUUUAAAAGUUUCAAGGUCUAUCAGGCUCAGUAG